CCCAAAUUUUUCCGUAAUGGUUAUUUUUGGGUCUGAACAGGGAGGCCCUACUGCUGCCUCACUCAUGGCCGGGAUGGAGAUAAGCCUUCGAGCUGCAGUAGCAGUAGCAGUAGCAGUAGCUGUUAGACCUUUCCCUUAAACCCAGCCAGCCCAUCUCAAUUCUCAACCCAAACACACCACGCAAAUCUUCAGCCUUUGUCUUCUCCAGUCAUCCCCUGCUGUCUCCCGCACCGUCUUACCAAAACCCCCCCUCCUGCUAUCUUCUCUUUCACAUCUCAGGAAACGUGUUUCCCAACACUCUGCUCACCUACCUCUCCUCCCCCCCCUUUUCUCUAUCUCUGUCUCUCUCUAUCUCUCUAAGCAUUUUUUUUGUCAUAGCGACUCUCUCUCUCUUCCCACCAAAUUUUCACUUCACAGCCAUUGUGGGCUCCAUUCCCAGACCUCCCUCGUCCUCCUUAUUGACAAUGUGGUUCUGGGCAUCUCGAAAACCUGUCGAAACACCUCGGCACGAGGUCUCUGCCCACUCUGGAGUUGUUUAAUUGGUUCAAAUUAAUGAAAUUAUGGCUUUGAAGGCUACGCCCAUCUGGGUUUGCGCGCCUUCUUUCCCUCAUCAUCAUCAGCAUCAUCAUCAUAAUCGUCAUCUUCAUCUUCAUCAUCAUCCCCUCGCGGGUCUUGUAGAUUUGGGUUCUUCGAGUUUUGGGUCUGCUUUGAAAUUGAAUCUGAGGUUUGAUGGCGAGAGGUUUCGCAAACGGGAAUGUUGGGCUGUGUUGGCUCAGCGAGCUACGACUCCUGUUGAAGAUGAGAAGCCGGUAUCGCCCGGAUUGGCCUCUGCUGGUGGGGUUGAUCCUACUCAGGAUACCGGCUCCGGAGAGUUCCACAAGGACUCAAACCUUCUUCCUAAACCAUUGUCUGCGAGUGAUAUUGUGCAUUCUCCUAGUGAUGGUUCAAAGGUCAAGGUUGCUUAUCAGGGAGUACCAGGUGCAUACAGUGAGGCUGCUGCACUCAAAGCAUAUCCGACUAGUGAGGCUGUCCCAUGUGAGGAGUUUGAAACCGCAUUUAAGGCAGUUGAAUUGUGGUUAGUUGACAAAGCAGUCCUCCCCAUUGAGAAUUCUGUAGGGGGAAGCAUUCACCGUAAUUAUGACUUACUCCUUCGCCAUAGGCUGCAUAUUGUGGGGGAGGUGCAAUUGGUUGUGAACCACUGCCUUUUGGGGUUGCCUGGGGUCAGAAAGGAGGACCUAAAGCAGGUUCUGAGUCACCCUCAGGCGCUUGAUCAAUGUGAGAUGACACUGACCAAGUUGGGUGUUGUCAGAAUUAAUUCUGAUGACACUGCUGGUGCUGCUCAGAUUAUUGCCUCGAGUAAGUUGGGAGACACUGGAGCAGUUGCUAGUGCUCGAGCAGCUGAGAUAUAUGGGCUUGAUAUUCUUGCCGAAAAAAUUCAGGAUGAGUCUGACAAUAUCACGCGUUUUCUCAUACUUGCAAGGGAACCCAUAAUUCCAGGAAUUGAAAGGCCAUUUAAGACAAGCAUUGUCUUCACUCUAGAAGAGGGCCCUGGAGUUCUAUUUAAAGCCUUGGCUGUGUUUGCGUUAAGGGGAAUAAAUUUGACAAAGAUCGAGAGCCGUCCACAGAGAAAGCGUCCGCUAAGGGUGGUUGAUGAUUCUAACAAAGGGAGUGCCAAGUAUUUUGACUACCUUUUCUAUAUAGACUUUGAAGCUUCUAUGGCAGAGCCUCGUGCCCAAUAUGCAUUGGGACAGCUGCAGGAAUUUGCUAGAUUUCUCCGGGUCCUCGGUUCCUAUCCAAUGGAUACAAUUCCAUGAGUCCCUCGACAGUGUCAGACAUCCCAUAAUUAUUUUGGCAUGUCAAAUUAAGCUGCAGAUACAUAGCACAAGUUCAACAUUUCAGACUGUACAUAAUUUAUCCUGUUGAAGUCGGUAGAGGAGGAAAAUUUCCCAGGAUUGCUUACUGGGAGCAUUUUUGAAUAGGAGGCAUUAUCCUUCAAGAAGCUCUUCUCUCCCCCCUCUUCCCACACACCGCCCCCCCCCCCCCCCCCCCCCCCCCCAAAAAAAAAAAAAAUCCUCUGUUUUAUUCUUUGCAUCCCCCUAAUAGGGGUGUUUUGGUUCUUUACACAAGCUCUCUGGAUUCAAUUGCUCUUGGGUUGGCAGAUUUUACAGUUGCGUGCCUGGUUUUGGACUGGCAAUACAAUUUAUUGAGCUGCUGCACAGGCUAAUGAUUGUUUUCUCUGCAACAGAAGGCUUGGGAAUAUCAUUGCUGGAGUGCUUCUUUUAUCAUCUUUGAAAUUGUUGUAACUUUUAAGUUCUAAUGCUACUUGUCUAUUUGUUUUAUGGACACAAACACUGAAUAAAUCUUCCAGCAGUGCGCUCCUUCGCUUGAA